GCGCGCCGCGGGGCCCCGGCCGCCAUGAGCUCGCCCGGGCCCCGGCGCCCGCAGCCCAUCCGCCCCGCCGCCUUCGGCGCCCCGUCGCCCGCGCCCGAGGCAUGUGGGAUCUUAGCUCCUGGAGACCAGGGAUGGAACCCACACCCCCUGCGUUGGAAGGGGGAGUCUUAACCACUGGACUGCCAGGGAAGUCCCAGAAAUUGCUUUUAGUAUUACAGAAAACUUACGAUCAUCUCUUGGAAGUCCCGGUCACUCGGGAGCAGUUAAACCACUAUCGGAAUGUGGCUGAGGCUGCCCGGGGUGAACUUGCAGCAACUCUGGUCAAAUUUGAAUCUGCUCAGUCUGAGCUUCGAGAACUGCGAUCCAAGAUGCUUUCCAAAGAAGUUUCCUGUCAAGAGUUGAAAGCUGAAAUGGAGAACUACAAAGAAAACAAUGCCAGAAAAUCAUCUCUCCUCACCUCUUUGAGAGACAGAGUUCAGGAGCUACAAGAAGAAUUAGCAGCACUCUCUACUUCUAAAAUCAGAACCGAAAUCACAGCUCAGUCUGCAAUCAAGGAGAACCAGGAGUUAAGGAAGAAAGCGGUAGAACUAGAAGAAAAAUUACAAAACUGUUUAAAGGAAAACGAGGAGAAUAAGAAUCAAGUGUUGCAGAAUUGCAGGAAACAUGAGGAAUUUCUGGCUCAACUUCGUGACUGCUUAGGUCCAGAGAGGAAGAAUGAAAAAGCAUCAGAUGAAGAUUUUAUUCUAAAGCUGGGAGAGCUGUGCAAGGAAAACUCAUUCGUGAAAGGACAGAUUGUUACUCUUGAAGAGACUGUAAAUGUCCAUGAGAUGGAGGCAAAAGCUAGCAGAGAAACAAUCAUGAGGCUGGCUGCAGAAGUAAACAGAGAGCAGAAAAAAGCUGCCUCCUGCGUUGAGGAGAAAGACAAGCUGAACCAGGACUUGCUCAUUGCCGUAGAGGCGAAAGAAGCUCUUGAAAGGAACGUUAAGAUCCUCCAAGAAAGGCUGCUUGCUGGCCAGCGGGCAUGGGAUGCCUCGAAGCAGGAGCUGAGCCUCUUGGAGAGAAGCUCUCUGGAGUUGGAGAAGAGUUGGAAGGCCAGUGUGGAUACAGCCGCAGCCUCGCAGAGCCAGUACUCCGCAUUUAGGGAGGAAAUUGCAGCCUCUCUGGGGGGCAGCUGGGGCACCCUUAGGCCCACGGAGGAUGCCAUUCUGGAGAGGAUUCGAGAAAUGGGAGGCCGGGAAGAGAUCGGGAAACGGAUGGUUGCCCAGCUUGAAGCCCAAAUAUCUGAGCUUGUUGAACAGUUGGGAAAUGAGUCUGGAUUUCACCAGAAAGCUCUACAGAGAGCCCAGAAAGCAGAAAACAAGUUAGAGACUCUUCAGGGUCAGCUGACACACCUGGAGGGAGAGCUGGUUUCUGGAGAUGUUUUGCGAGACAGCUUGAAUUUCGAGAAGCAAAAAUAUCUUAAGUUUCUGGAUCAGCUUUCAGAGAAAAUGAAGUUGGAUCAGAUGGCUGCUGAACUUGGCUUUGACAUGCGUCUGGAUGUAGUUCUAGCUCGCACAGAGCAACUGGUCCGCCUCGAGAGCAACGCAGUCAUUGAAAACAAGACGAUGGCCCACAAUUUACAGAGAAAGCUCAAGACUCAGAAAGAAAGACUGGAGAGCAAAGAGCUGCAUGUGAACCUCCUCCGGCAGAAAGUAGCCCAGCUGGAGGAGGAGAAGCAGGUGCGCUCGGCCUUGGCUGUGGAGAGGGAUGAAGCCAAUGUCACCAUCAGGAAGUUGCAGAAGAAGGUGGAGAGGCUGCAGAAGGAGCUGAGUGUGUGUCGAGAAUUGAAUACUGAGCUCAAAGCCAAACUGGCCGACACCAAUGAGCUUAAGAUUAAAACUUUGGAACAGACCAAAGUCAUUGAAGACCUAAAUAAAUCCAGAGACAAACUGGAAAAGAUGAAGGAGAAAGCUGAGAAAAAGCUACUGUCUGUCAAAUCAGAGCUGGAGACUACAGAGCAGGAGGCUAAGGAGAGUAAAGAGAGGGCCAGGAACAUGCUAGAAGUGGUAACCAGUGAAAUGAAGACACUAAAAAAAUCUCUGGAAGAAGCAGAAAAGAGAGAAAAGCAGCUGGUGGACUUCAGGGAGGUGGUUUCUCAGGUGCUGGGCUUGAACAUGACCAGUCUUGCUCUUCCUGACUAUGAAAUCAUCAAAUGCCUUGAAAGACUGAUCCAUUCACACCAGCAUCACUUUGUCACCUGUGCCUGCCUCAAAGAUGCGACCACAAGGCAAGAUGGGCACCCACAAGGCCACUUACAACUUCUUCAUUGAACACUGUAUCUCUUGAGGGAGGUGGAGAUGAGAGAUAGGACACAAUCCUCAGUUUCACAAUUUCCCCAAACCUUUGAAGUUUGAUCAGUGUGUGAAUAUUGUAUACUUUGAUGAUAGAGCAAGAAUCAACCUUGGGCAAAAAAGGAUCUCAAAGGUGCCAGCCUCAGGUAAAUGUUUGGCACUGAAAACACCUAUUAUUUUAUUUGCUAGCACUUUGGGACCUAGAUAAAUUUCACCAGAGUGUGUAUCUAGAAUGGGAAAUGAGUCAGGAGUUCUACUACCCAAUUUAAUUCUGAUAAUAACCAUGUGGAGAAACUUUAAUGUUUUUAUUUUACAACCUCUCUGGGGUUUGAGAGGUGAUCUUGGUUACCUACCUAUGAUUGCAGUUAGUUAGUGACAGAACCAGAAUGAACACCAGGUCGGCUCUGUAUCAAAGACUGCACCUUCUCUGCUGUUUCACAGUCCUACCACUUCUCCUGAACUCCUGUGAUGCCAGUGGAAAUUGCCUUGAUCACAAAGGAAGGACAACAUCUGUACAAUCGAGGAUUGAUGUCCAAAAGUGACUGAGAUUUAUGAGUGUAACCCAUAUGAUUUCUUUAAAAAGCCGUACACCUAAUUAUUUGGAUGAAACAUACAUAGGUCUGAGGUCCUGUAAAUGGUCCUCUUUCAAAUGUUGCUACCAGAUUGUAUUUGGUGGUAAUCUUUAAUGUUUGAACAGAGCUGAGCUUGGUACUUUAAAAAUGAAACCUUUAAUGUGAAAUACCUAUAAGAUGAAGAAAUCCUACACAGUUUAUUCACCAAUAUAUCAGAUAUCCUGACAGCAGGGAUACUUUUUCAGGAUCAAGAUUUACAGUGAAUUUCUGUCAUGUUCUGUCUUCCUUUUAAAUUUCUAUUGCACACAUCUUUUUCAGGUACCAUAUUCUUAGCUUCCCGAGAAAAACCUGUUUCUCUUUUGGGUGAUUGUUGUAUUUCUAUUGAUACCAUAAGAAAAAAUUUUUAUAGUCCCUUAAAAGAGCAUUCGUGUCUAAUUAAAGGAGAAGGAAAAAACAGAUUACACCCAAACAUUAAGAGAAAAUGAAAACUCUAGAAGAAAGGAAGUGAGCUUGACACAGUUUGGAUGACAGCUGACAUAGAGGGAGAGUGACCAAGGGUCUCUUCUGGGGGGCUAGGUCAUCUCUGCCUGGCUUUCUCCAUCAUGUGCAUUUUGCUACUGCACAGCCCUGACUUAGGACACGAGUGAGGUCUGCAACAGUAGGGGAGGCAGCCGCGUAUUCUCCCAGGGGAAAGUCUGUCAUCUCCAGAGAUCCCUCCACGUGCUCCAGAGAUGCAUUGGCUGCUGCUCCGGACGCACAUCACCUGCAGGGGAGGAGACUCCAGACUCACAUUCACCUGCAGGGGAGGAGGCAGCGUCAGUGUUUGGGUUUCUGGGGGUGAAACUGCUGAGGGACUCUGCUCCCCCCAGGCCACAGAAAACAGUCAUUGACGGGGUGGCAGGGUGGGAGGGGGUCGUUUUUGUACAUUCUCUCUGUUUUCAUUUUCUAAAUACAAUCUUUGAUGAACUUCAUUUGUUUUCUCUGUAAAUUUAUUUUUGACACUCUUCAUAGAUGCUUUUAACAACAUCACUUUGAAAACAUAAACUGUGUCCUAAUAUUAUUUUUCCAUUUUGACUUCUCAUUAAUUAUAUUUCCAGAUUCAUAUAAGAGAUUAAACAUGGUCCAUACUAAAAAUGGUUAGUACUGUUCUAUCUCCUUAUUACACAAAAUUACAUUCCAUUUAUCCAAAUCUGCAUUUAUAUAAUAUUUCUAAUCAUCUUUAAUACAUAUAGAAAUAUUUAAAAUGUUUGAAUAUAAUCCUUAGGAAUUUCUGGUGGAAAGACUAUAUGGGAUAAGAAAAAUAAAUUCUGUCUAUGUAUAUAUGUCCAUAUGCACAUUAACUAUUUGUGAUUUGGACAAAUCGAAAAUCCCUUAAUAAAGCCGUAUCCCUUCUCGUUGAAGUGCCAGUUGGUUGUCGGCUUUCCCUCUGUGGCCUUCAUUCCAGAAUUGGCAGGCAGCUUCACAUUUCUGUGUUAGAUUUUGUUCUUCUAUAAUAUCCAUGUAUAUUUUAUGUUGUCCAAUAAAAUGCAUUAGUUUGAUGUGAUUUUCUAAAUAGCAUUUUAAAAUAUUUAACAUUAACUCCUCUACCAAAUCAUCUGAGUGAUAAUUGCUACUGCAGUUGUAAUUCUCAUCAUUGUCUGAGACAUUUGAAUGUAUGCAUAGAAUAGCUCAAUGAGGAAAAAAAUUUUUUUAACUUAACCCAUCUAAAUUUCCAGUUUUACUUUAUCUCACAGAUGAACAGCGAGUGAUUCAACUUUCUUCUGGUCCUUACGGCAGUUCCGUACUAACAUCCUGUCUACUCUUCUUACAUAAGACUGUUGAAAUCGUUCAGAAGUGUCCUCUCCACUACCAUCAAGUACUGCCUUCAUCUUAGGUGACUUUCAUGCCCAUAACACAAACGCAUGCAACAUUCUGUCUUUAGUUUCUUGACCUUCUCAGCUCUCCUACUUUUACUUCCUUUUGUUUCAGCCACUCACCUCCUAGACUGAAAUUUGUAGUAACCCAAUGUAGACUACCUUAAGCAAAGAGAUUUUGGGAUGCUCAGUUGAAAGAUUCAGGACUAGGCUAACUUCAGCAUCUCUAGAUCCAGGGAUUCAAGAUUGUUUUCUGGAUCCGUUUUGCUUUUAUGCAUCUUUUGUCUCUGCUUGAUUUGCUUGUCUUUGAAUGUCAGACUCACUUGCUCCUGGAGAUGGUUCCUCUGUGUUGCCAGGAAAGAUGGUCAUAAGGAGUUACAAAGUCUUUACAAGCGAGGAACUGAGCUGAGAAAGAGAGACUCUCUGACUCUAACAUUCAUGGAAGAAAUCUCAGAGAAUAGAUUGAUCAUCUCUUCUUGGUCACAUACUCAUGCCUGAGCCAAUCACUGUAGUCAGAAGGGUGAACACACUGGCUUGCAUCCCGUGCCAACCCCUGCAGUGAGGGUGGGAUGAGGUGAGGCUCCAGAAUAAUCAUUCGACCAGAACCACAUGUAGCAGAGGGAAAGUUCCCCAAAGACAGAGAAGCUGAGCAGACAGACAACACACAUCUAUUACACACGGCUAAAUUCAGGACCUCCGAAUCACCUAGAACUUCUUCACCUCUGAAAUCUGAAAUUCUCCAUAGCCUGUUAUCCCAGACCUCUAGUUCUUACUCCCAAAUAGCUGUUCUUUGAGAUCUCUUGAUCCUCACUCACAUUGUCUCCCUACUAGUCUUUCUAGUCUUCACUCCAUCUCGAGCCAGCUGACAUACUUCCUUAGUCAUUCUCUUCCCAACACCUUAAACUUCUGGUUCUUUGGCCCUUCUGUCCUCUACUUGGGAUUAAUCCCAAUUACCAAUGUUUUUGCUGCUUUUCCUGCCCCCACUGAAUGAGACUAGAGGAAAUCUCAUGAAAACACAGCUAAGUGGCAUGCCAAAUCCACGACCUUUGAUCUCACUUGAGCCCUUUGUACUAAUUGGUAAUCCUUCACCAUUUUCCCAGUUAGAUCUCACUGCCAUUCUCCGAAAUGACUGUUGCAAAUGUUCUCCAUUCCCUCAAGGCCCUUACCUUGUUUUUCCUUUCUUCACUGUCAACAGAUAAUCUCAUUUUCUGUUUCACCCAGAAAAUAGAAGCCAUUGCAGGAAACACCUUUAAUAUCUGAUCCUAACAAAGCCCGAUACGUGUGCCCCCCUUUCACUGCCUCCUUCCCUCAUGUCUCGGGUUAUUCCCUCUACCUGGCCUCUUGCAUCCUCCGCAACUUAGUCCUAUUAGUUGUUUUCUCUCGACAGUCUUCAACCUCGCCAUUUGUGGCUUCUGUCCGUCAGCCUUUGAGUAUGUUCAAAUCUCUUUCAUUUUAGAAAGUAUCGCUCCUUCUACUCCACAACUUAGAGACUUAUUUCUCUUUCUCUCUUCACUGUUGAACCACUUCAAAGUGUGGUUUUUAUUGCUGUCUUUCUGGUCUGACCUCCCAUUCAUGCCAUCAUCCAUGGCAACCUGGCUUCUGUCUCCAGCUCUCACAUGUUUGUUAACCUAUCUCUGUUCCUUUUAAAGCGCUUAUCUCACUUGAUCUUUCUGGGACACUUGAUACAAUUGACCAUUUCCUUCUUGGAACAUUCUCUUCCAUUAACUUCCAUACUGUGACAUUCAACUCUUUUUCUCCUGCCUCUCUGGGCACUUGAGUUAGGUUAUUUUCAGAUUGUUAGACACAAAAUUGAAAUGAGAGAUUCAUGUAAGGAUAAGUGUGGGUAUAAUUGUGGGUGCAAAUCUUGACCUCACAGUCAGAACUCAAUGAAGAAUGAUCGGUCACACAUCCUAUAAACUGGAACAGGUUGUUAGUUCAGGAAUUGGAGUGCCAAUUUCAGGGUACCACGUGGCUAUCGUGGCUGGAUUCUCUUACUGAUCCCAUGAAUGCUGGUGUUCUUUGAUGCCAUGAUGACUCAACUCUUCUUUCCUCUGCUUCUACAGCUUCUGCCAGUACCGUCAUCAUCUUUCCACACUUUUCUCAACCUUUAGCAUCUACUUAUGCUUAUUCUGCGCUUCCUCUUGUCUGUGUUCUCCAGUACUUCCUGGCUUUUCUGUACAUCUUCCCAUUUCUGUUCCCAUCAUUAUUUGCUCUUUCUCUGUCUCUCUGUGUUUCUCUUCUGGAGGGAGAACUUAAUUGGUUUAAUCAGUCACUCUUCAGUGUGAGCAGCACGUUUACACCACGUCACCUUGUAGGCCAGCGACAAGUCUGUAGAUCGGUUUGCCUUGGAUCAGGCACCCAUUUCUGGUCCGUCUACUGUGGUCACAGAAGUGGGGCCUCAUGUCUGUCUCUUGGAUGUAAGUGUUCCAUCAGGGUCUGUCUUAGUCUCCUUUUUGCAUACUUCAUACACUCUCCAGUGCCUUAGCCGUUGACCUCAGGGAAGUUACUUAUCUCCCUGUGCCUCAGUUUCCUCAUUUGUAAAAUAGAUGUAAAAUACCUACCUGUAAUGUGUUGAAUUGUGUUCCCUCCAAAGAUAUUAAAGUCCUAACUCUUAGGACCUGUGAAUGUGAUCUCAUUUGGAAAUAGGGUCUUUGCAGAUGGUCAGGUUAAGAUGAGGUGAUUAGGGUGGGCCUUAAUCCAAUAUGACUGGUGGCCUUAUAAAGAGGAGAGAUUUGGACACAGAGAAAGACACACACACACACACACAUACACACACACACACACGGAGAACACCCUGUGAAGGUGAAGACAGAGAUUGGAGUGAUGUAGCUACAAGCUGAGGGUUGCCAAACCUUGCCAGCAAAACACCAGAAGCUGGGAGAGAGGCAUGGAACAGGUUGUUUCUCACAACCCUCACAGAGUCCUUGUAACGACUGAAUGAGGUGCAUAGCUUGGAACACGGGUGUUACAAGAGCUCAGUGAAUGUGAUUAAAUCCUGUCUGUUGCACUGCCCGCCUUCUCAUCUAUCCAUUAUACACCACUGUAUACCAUUAACACCACUCUACACCCUUAACACCAUAUACAUCAUUAUACACCAUUAACCCCACAGUGGGUUACACACCAUUACCUCUAACUCACUCAGUCUCUGCUUUAACGUUCCUGGCAUGAGAGAUAGUCCCCUCCCUUCUCCAUUAUAGUCAGAGUGAUCGCUUAAAAAAAUAGAAAUAGAUCCCAUGACUCCUUGCUUUAUGCCAUGAAUUGUUCUCACUGCUCUCCAGAUAGAGGCCAGCCUCGCUCUCCUUCUCCUACGUGAACACCACACUUUUUAUAAAACAGUGUGUGCAGUGCCCCCCAGGGCUCUCUUCUCUCCAGGCCUUUGCAACUGCUGACCUUUUGAACUGUCUUUUCUUCCCUCACUUGACUGAUUCCUGCUUAUCCUUAUGAUCUCGGUUUGGAUGUUAUCCCCACCAAAGAAUUUUCCCUGCUAUCCUGAGGCCAGGCUAGGUCACCCGCCUAUGGGUUUCCAUGGUGCUUGUGCAUAACUCUGCCAGCACUUAUUUACAACAGUCCCCGGUGGUUCUAUCUCAUUUCAUGGGCAAAGAAACACCAAGACUCAGAGGAGUGAAGGUUAUAGCCACCUAAGCUGGAAUUGAAUGUCUAGUGUUUUGGCCCAUAGCUGAUGGUCCAUGAGCAUUUGUCUGAGUGAAUCAGCUAAU